AAUAAGUUCAUGCUGCCACUCAUGGGAGGUAACCAAAUGUUAUCCUUUCCAUAGUACACGGUUUCUUCCUGUAUAGUUCAAUAGUUAAAACACGCCGUCACUAGUCGUUACUCGUUUUGGGAUGCCUAGUGUAUAGAUAGCGCCCGAUACCUUGUACUUUUGAAAGGGAAACAUUUGGUGAUCAGCACUGCCAACACCCCCACCCCUAACCCAUUCAUUAAUCGUUACUAUUCCAUUCGUUCUUAAUCGUAUUCUUAAUUCUUAGUCCCUGGUUAUCGUUUAUGACUGGAAAUAGGUGAGUGUUUUUUGUGAAUUGUUAAUUUAUAAUGGUUGUGAUAAUGCCAAUAGGCAAAUUAAAAGUCAUUUUGUAUUCGAUAUUAAGUAUUUGCAAUUCGUCUUAGUGUUAUAAUACAGUAGUGUAUUGCUUUUGUUGUUGGUGAAAUAUUUUUGUAUAAAACACCUUUUUCACAGUUUGCCAAUAUUUUUAUUAAUACGCAUAUAUAUGACCAUAAGGUUAGGUUAAAGACACCAGUAUAUAACUAGAUGCAUAGAUUAAAUAUAUUAUAAUUUAUAAUUUAAUCUACGACUUAAGCAAAACAUUCUACAAUUUUAAAAAUAAAGUUAUAAUCCUAAGAUUAUUUUAUUCUCUAUCUAAUAUGCUAAUGAUGCAUUAUUAAAUUAUACUUUUUGUAUUUUUUUUUAAUAAUGUCUUAUACCUAUCUAUUUGAAAAAAAAUCUACCUUUCAACCUUUGUACCUAUGUCACAAAAAAUGUUAUCAGUUUGAUGUUUGAUUUGUCCAUAGACUUAUAAACUACAUAGUAUACUAGUUAAAUUAAUAUUCAUACAUCAGGUGAUCCAUUUAAGUGGGUAAACUCAUUAUCUCGGAAAGUUUUAACUUUUUUUUGGAAUUUGUUUUCUAGAAUAUUUAAGAAACAAGCAGCUCUACAAUUUUAUAUUUAUGUUAUUUUUUGUCACUCAUUUUUGUAGGUAAAACCAUACCUACUUUUGAUUUUCAAAUCCCAUAAAUAGUUGACAAGAUAUUCCACUUUUAAGUUUGUAUUGGAAGAGAAUAAUGGAGUACCAUUUGUGUAGCAGUGUGGCACAUUAAUAAUGCACCACUACUAUCCUCAAACCCAAACUUAAAAGUGGAAUAUCUUGUCAACGGCUUGAUAGAAACUAAAAAUGUCAAUAUUAUAAAUUUUUUUAACUGAUAUUCCAUCUGUUUAUGAAAUUUUUAAUAUAGGUUGCUAUUUGAAAAUCAAAUGUAGAUUGUGGUUUUACCCCCAAAAUUAAAGGUAACAAAAAAUAACAUAAAUAUAAAAUUACAGAGUUGCUUGUUUCUCAAGUGUUUUAGAAAACAAAUUCCGAAAAAAGUGAAUACUUUCUGAAAUACUGUGUGUACCCACUUAAAUGAAUCACCUGGUAUACCAUGGUGUUAAAAGAUCUUUUAAGAUCGUGUGUAUACACUAGUAUAGUAUAACAAAAUAUUGUUAAGCUAUAACAUCUAUAAAAAAUAUUUUUAUCAAGUGGCAUUCUUUCUUUUUCUUAUAAUUUUAUUUAUUUAUAUUAGUUGCAAAAAGUAAUUGCCCAUUAUUAUAAAAUAAUCUAUAUUAUUAAAAAGGUAUUGAGUAAAGGACAUACUUCGCAUGAUGGGCUGGCCACUGUUGUAGGUGAGUAGUUUGCAAGGUUGAGAGGAAAUUUAAUGUAUAUCUAUACCCAACAAUUAACUAUUGCUUACAAAAACAAUUUUGAGUAGGGUUCGGUUAAUAGUAUUGCUUAAUCAAAAAUAUAAGUAUAUGUCAUGGUAAAAUAAUUACUUAUGGGGUCUGGUGAGGGGUGUGUGAAUCAGUAGAAAUGUGAUCAUACCUUGUUAUUUUGUUAUGCUAGUGGCAUUUAUAGCAGAAAUUGAAAUACAUACUUAUUAUAAUAUCUUCAUUCUUAAAAUAUUUCCCAUCCAAACUGUUUUCCUUUCUCUUAACCUUUAUCUACGGUUCAUUUUUCCUAUAACUGCCCACUCUAUAAGAUGAUGCACCUUGCCAACAAGGAUUCGUCAUUUAAUUUAUAUGUUGUCCUAAUGUAUUUUUUUUCAUUUUUAUUAUUAUUGUAUUGCAUAUAUGACUUGUCUUCUCACUUUAUUUAUAUUUUUGUGUACACAAAUUGCUACUGUACUUUGGGCUGCUUCCUAUAUUGAAAAUAAUAUAAAUUAUGUAAAUUUACAUUUACACCAUACAUAGAGAUAUAUAUUUGAAUUUUUUUAUUAAUUCUAUCCAACACAUUUUAAUGAAAUCAUGAAAUAAUAUCUAUAGUAAUUGUUUACUAUUAAAUAUACAUAGUCCUCUAUAUUUAAUCAAUGGUGUGGUUUUAUACUAUCAGACUUAUCAGAUUUUUACUGCAGGUAGCAUAUCAAUCACAGUCAAUUAACCAUAAUUUGUCCAAGUACCAAAUACUUAACCAGUGCUCCUAUUACACUUUUAAGUCUUCAACAAUCUCAGUUACCCUGUAAUACUUACACUACUGUAAGUAGUCAAAACAAUUCUUAAUUUUUACAAUUAUUUAUUUUUAUUUAGUUGACUUAAGAUGGGAAUGAGUAAAAGAACAGCACUGCUUUAUGGAGCAAUUGUAACAUUUGGUCUUGGAACAUUAUAUUUGGGGUAAUGUAUUAUAUUAAUAUUUAAACUUGCAAUAAUUAUAUACCUAUGUAAAUAUUUUUAUUUUACAGACUAACUAUGAAAAGUUCUCGACCACCUAAAGAUCCAAAUAGUUGGGAUAUUAUAAUAUUUACUCAAACUUGGCCACAAACAUUAUGUUAUGAAUGGAAAGGUAAAAAUCCUAACCAUACAUGUAACUUUCCAAAGCAAAAGGAUUUGUGGACUGUUCAUGGUUUAUGGUUUGUAAUACAAGAGAUACUUAAAAAAAAAAAUAAUAUAUAUAUUUUUUAAAUGACAUAUAGUUUUAAACUGUAUUUGGAAAACAAGCCUGUUGUAAAUUAAUACAUAUUACAUACAUUUAAAUAAUAAUAAUCAAUCAAAUAAAAAAAUAAAACAAAAAAUAUUUAUUACACAUAUUAUAAUUUUAAGUGAAAAAAACAAAAUAAACACAGAUAAUCAUUGGAUAUAGAUUAUUGUUAUAAUUAAAAAUUGUAUAUUUUUUAAAACAAAUACUCAUAUAAGCUAAUUUAAAAAUUUUAUUACUAAAAAAAAAGAAAAAAAAUUAUAUGUAAAAUCUUCAUGUAUCUAAUAAUCUUUAAUGUUGAAGCUAAUUUGUUCAAUAAAAAAAAAUUAACUAAUUUUUAAAUUUACUUACAGAUUCAUUUUUAUUUUUAAAUACGUAUUUAUGUACAACGAGGCAUUUUUCCUAAUAUUUAUUACUGAGGCUUUUAUUUUGUUAAUUCAUUAACACCUGUUUAUUUAUUAAUUUUUUUAGGCCUACGAAACUAGGAACAAUAGGUCCUAUGUUUUGUAAUAAAUCUAUCCCAUUUGAUCCUAAGUCUCUGUAUGGUAUUGAAAAAAAAUUACAUGAAUAUUGGAUUGAUAUUGAAUUAAAUAAUAAUGAAACUGAAGAAAAUAUUUCAAAUAACAGCAUUUCUCAUAAAAAAGAAAGUAUUUGGUUUCACGAAUGGGAAAAACAUGGUACCUGUGCCAUAACUCUUCCAGCAUUAAACUCCGAGUUUAAGUAUUUCUAUCAAGGAAUUGAAUGGUCUGAAAAGUAUAAUAUGAAAGACACAUUAGAAAAAGGUGGUAUAAAAGUGAACGAUACUACAUCUUUUGUAACUGAUUAUUGGAAAGCUUUAAAAACAGUUUUAAAAACAAAUGCCUGGAUUGAAUGUGUAUUUAAAAGUGUAAGUUGAACAUUUAUAGUUUUAAAAUAUAUAUAUUUAUUUACUAAAUAAAAAAACAAACAAAUGUGCAUACUUUGCACAAUGGGGGGGGGGACCAUUAGUUUGGUGGUAGUAGGUGAAAAGUUAGGAAGAUAGAGGGGAAAUUUAAUGUUUUUUUGUAUGCAAUUAUUAAUUAUUUAUAACGAAAAAAAUAUUCUAAGCGGAGUUUGGUUUGGUUAUAUAUGUUUUGAAAGAAAGGCUUACAAUUUUUCCCUUUUUUUUUCCUAUAUAUUAUGAAAAAUCAAAAAAUGAUUGCAAAGUAUCACCCCAGUCAAAUUUACUUUCAGAAAAGGUGCUAUACUUUUAAACUUGAGCAAAAUUUCUGAUAAAAAAAGUUAUUUACAAAAAAAAAAAAUUAAUGUUAAACCAGUCUAAAAUAACAAUAUAAUUUAUACCUCUAUGAUUUAGAAAUGUAUUUCAAUAUAAAUUAUUUCUUAUAGGAUACAAAGCAACAAAUGUUAUUUGAAAUAAGAAUAUGUUUUGACAAGUCCUUAAAAAUGAUUAACUGUAAUGGUAUUAUGUUUGAAGAUGAAGCAAAAACAUCAAAACAUCAUUCAUUAACCAAUUGUGACCUGAAGAAACCUAUUUUGUAUUUAGAUAAUGUUCCGAUACAGAAUUCUUCUUUCAACUCUAGUUCUAUUGAUGAUAAGUAAAUUUAAAUUUAUAUUAAUUUAUAUUUUGCUUUUGUUCUCUUGUCCACUGUGUCUUGUAUUAAAUAAUCCAUUGCUAAAUAACAUGAGUGUAAUGAGUAUAAUGCCACUAAUUGCAUGGAAAAAAUAGAAAUAAUAAAACAUUUCAAAUGUACCUAAAAUGUUUUCCAGGCACUCAGAGGUGCAGUUCAGGUCAAAACGAAAAGUUGUUGAUCACUCAAUUGAGUGGACAACUAAAAGUUCUCGUUAUAUAAACAGAUCCAAUUCAUUUCAACCUCAUAGAAACACUACACAUUUUAAUAAUAAUUUAAAUAGAUCAAAUUCAUUUCCAUAUAUUCAACGGUAUACAAUUUUCAUUUGAAUAAGUAAGAUUAUUUUGUUCAAAGGGGCUAUUAUAAAAUGAGUAUUGUGUUAGAUUUUAUUCAAAAUUGAACUUUACAUCAUAUACACUUUAAAAAGCCAUUAAAAAUGGUAUUUAUAAAAUCUUUAGUUGCCAUGAUAAGUUAAACUUGUGAAAUCAUGUUAUUUUUUUAUGGUUUACAUCUUGGUAUUGUUAAAUUGGCGUUAUCUUUUUUGAUUUUAUAAAAAUUCAGUUUUUAUCUAUUAAAUUGAUUGAGAAAUUCUGAUAAAUCUUAAGAGAUGUAAUAAUUCCAAUGUUAUGUAAACAUGUUCUAAAUGCCAUAUCAUUUUAUGUAAGAUAAUUCCUGAAUUUAAGUAUUUAACAGUGCAAUUUAUCUAUUAUAAUUCAAAUAAUUGUUAAUCUAAAUUUGUGUGCGAUCCACAGCUAAAUUUGUUGCAUUUAGAAGUCUAAAAAAAAUAUAUAUACAAUGUAUAUACAGAGAACACAAAACUAUUCAGUCUACACCUCAAAGCUAAAUUUUCUGAAAUUCAACUUGUAAAAGGUAGAUCAUAGGGUUUUUAGUUUUUUUAGGAACGGAAAUCAAAUUGUGUUGAUUAAUUUAUGGGUUUUCUUGGUUAUAUAAAUUAAUUGAAAAAAGUUAUUAUAUGAAACUCGUUAAAUUGAAUUUCUUUUAUUGAUUUUGGUUUUUAAAUACAAAUUAUUCUCGGGAAGAAUUAAGUUAAGACUAUAUAUUAAGAUAUAUAUAUAUAUAUAUAUAUAUAUGACUGUAGUUUGACCGACCCUGACUUUUGGAUGUGAAGUGUGGAUGAUAACAGUACAAAUGGAGAAAAGAUUUUUUAAGAAUUGGAUAUUGAGAAAAAUCUGUUGUGCGCUAUAUAAUGAAGAAUUAGGUUACUGGCAUAGAAGAACAAAUUCUGAGAAAUUAUGCAGAGUCUUGAGGUAACAAAUUAUAUAAAAGUUUAAUGAUUACAAUUGUUCGGUCACAUUAUGAGGACAGAUGAAGGAAAGGCUGCGAGAGCAGUCAUAGAGUACCAUUCAAAUGGGAAAAGACAGAGUGGUAGACUGAGGAAGUGCUUGAUUGGGGGAAGUAAGAUUUAAGAAUGAUAGACAUAAUAAAUUGAAGGGAAGCUGUUCAGGAUAGAGAUAGGUAGAAGGCUGUGAUGGUGACGGCAAAAAUUCGAGGGGAGCUAGAAAGCCAAAAAGAAGAAGGAAAAGAUUUCGGUUUUUGAAAGGAUUUUUAAAAAAUUAAUUUAAUUAAAUUAAUUUUUUUAGAGUAGCAUUUUUGGAAUUUACAUAUUUAAAAUUUGAAUUUGAAUUUAAAUUCUUAAGUAGGUACUUAUUUAAUAUAAUAUCAAAGUCAAAGGCUUAAAAAUAAAAAACAAUUGAGAGUUAACUGCAGUAGCUUAUUCAGAUGAUAUAGUUUGAAUAACAAAAAAAAAAUAAUAAUGAUCCAAAGGACACAGCAAAUAUCUUGUUGAAGAAAAGAAAAAAAGUUGGUCUGAAAAUCAAUGAGAAAAAGAUGAAACGUAAGUUAGUAUCUAGACAAAAUCUUAGAAUAGAUUUUUUAAAGGGUGAAUGAAUACAAAUUUAAAUUUGAAAGGGUAAGAAAUUUUAUGUACUUAGGUGCAGAUAUUAAUGAAGUUACUAAUAGUCAUGAACGAAUAAAAAGAAGGCUCAUCACUGCAAACAGAUGUUACUAUGGAUUGAUACCAUUAUUCAAAUCGAGAUUACAAUCUAGAAAAUAUAAAAUUUUAGUCAAACCAGUAGCCAUGUACGCAUGCAUCACUUGGGCCACAACAAAAUUAGAUAAAAAAAGGUAUUAAGCGUUUGAGAGGAUAUUGAGGAAAAUAUUUAGCCUAAAAAAAAAAAAAAUAAGAAUAUGAAAUACAAAACAACAAAAAUUUGAAAGAAAUAUAUAAUGAAGAAUCUAUUACUGUUGGAAAUUUGAAAAGUAUGCAAAUAAGUUGGGCGGAACAUGUAUGGAGAUGACGACAUAUUGACAAAUAACUUCAUACUACCCAAACACAAAGAGACCCAGAUAAAUAUGGGCAGAUAGAAUAAAGGAAGAUCUGAGGAUAUUGGGAGUAAGGAACGCAGAAGAAACUGCAAGAGACAGGGAAGAAUGGAAGAAGUAUGUUGUUGUGGUAAUGAACCUGAAAAGCCUAUAAAAAGCCGAAGAAGAAAAUAUAUAAUAUCAAACAAGAUCUAGAAAGAUCUAGAAGAAGGGUUAAACUAAUAACUUCAAAGUAAUUCAAGGCAAAGCCAACAUAUUCUUUUUAGAAUCGCUAGAUUUCUUGUUUAAUAAUCUGUUAGAGCAAUAAAAUCGACUAGGUAUAUCAGUGUGUUUGUUUGAAAUCAUUUAUAAUAUUUAUUUAUGUAUGUUGUCAAUUUGUAAGAAAAUAUUAUAAUUUAAAUUCAAACUAUCAAAAAUAAACACAUUUUUAGUGCAUUAUUUAAAAUGUUUAGGAUACAAAAGUAUUUUUUCAAGGUUAUUUUUAGGGUUUGAUAGGGCAUUAUAUUCCCAGUCCUAAUUUGUAUAGAAUAUAGGUCAAAUUAUGUUAAAGUACAGUCGUCAAAAUAAGAUUUGAGCUACACAUUGACAUAUUACAAUUUGGCCACCCCUGUUUAUUAAAUACAAUAUAAUGUAAUAUUAUUUUUAUUUUAUGAUUUUUAUGAAUAUAGCAAAGAUUGGGAUUUAUUAAUAUUUUCUCAGUCUUGGCCAUACACUUUUUGUCAUACUUGGACUGUUGAUUCAAAAACUCACACAUGUAAUCUACCAGUUAAUCGGAAUCAGUGGACAAUACAUGGAAUAUGGUACUUAUGAUUUACCUAAACAUUUUAUUAUUAUUAUUAAAAUUAAAAGUGUAAUUUAAUGUCAGGCCAUCAAAAACUGGUUCAUUUGGACCUUCAUUUUGUAACAAUCAGACAUCAUUUAGUUUGGACGCUUUGAAAACUAUUAUUCCAGAGUUAAAAAAUCAUUGGACUGAAAUAAAAGGGUCAAAGUCUACCUCAUCUAAAUCACAUGAAGGGGGUCUAUGGCGGUAUGAAUGGUUAAAACAUGGAACAUGUGCAAAGUCAUUACCAGCUUUAGAUACAGAACUGAAAUUUUUUAAACAAGCUUUAGAUUGGUCCAAGCAAUACCCAUUGAAUGAUAUAUUGGCUCAAGGAGAGAUUAAGCCUAAUGGUACUUAUCCAAUUGCUCAAUUUUGGCAUACGUUAAAAACUGGAUUGGGAAAAAAUCCCUAUAUUGAUUGCUUCGUGGAAAAGGUAUAUUGAAUAUUUGAGGUUAUGUAGUAUAGUAAAUAAUUAUUUAAUUGAUUAAUUAUUCUAGAACUCCAACAAUGUUUACAUUGAUGAAAUUCGUGUAUGUUUUAACAAAACAUUAUCAUUGGUUGAUUGUGAUACUUUGAGAGGAAGAAAUAAGGAUAAACCGUAUACAAAUUGUCCUAUGGAUAGAGACAUACAUUACAUAGGAGCUGAAUUUUAAUUUAAGUACUCUGUCAUUGUAUAAUUAAGUGAAUACCGUUUUUAUAUUCAGUGGGAUACUAAAAUAUUUAUUAUAAUAAACUAAAGUGAAAAAUAAUAGAUAAAUAUCAUUUAGGUCAGCGUUAGUACUUUUAUUUCAUAAUAUAAUGACCAUGGUGUGAAUUUGCAUAGUUAUAGUUUGAUUUAGGUUAAAUUUAUUUUUGUAUUAUGGAAGUUUAAUAUUGCUUGUACUUGGUUGGGUAAGUUGAGUAUUAAUCAAUGUGUCACUCAUUUCUCCUUGGCUAUUAAUAGUACCAGUUAAAAGUAUUCAUGAAGUUAUUGGUUAGUUAUAUAUUAUAAUAGUAAGAAAAAAAAUCAGUUAAUAAAAUUAAAAAUUAUAAACUUUGUAAUCUCAAGAGUAAUCUCACUAUUCUAUUCUUUGAGGUAAAUAAUUAAAUGAGUUAUUUGGAAAAAGGAACAUGUCCAAUAUUUUGACAUUUUUAGAAUUUUACAGAAAUGUAUUAUUUGUAUCUAAACUCACUAUUUGGUGUGAACACGGAACAUAUUCAUGUGUUCAUAUAGUAACAGUAUGUGUAUCUUUAUUUUGAAAAAGGAAACAUCUACCGGAUAUAGUUACAGUUUUUGUCUCCCCUGUAAAAUUUGAAUAUCUGGAAAUAUUCCUUUUUCCAAAUAACCCAUUCAAUUAUUUUUUACUCUGUUAUAUAUAUAUCUAUAAGGUGUUUCAUUAAGAACACUGGAUUUAAUUUUGUUAUUGCUUAUUAAAAAAAAAAAUAUAUUGAGAACAAAAUAAUUAUAUGAACGUGUAGUAUGUAUGGUGUAGGUAUACAUACUCUGAUUUAUGUAUGGAAUAUAAUUUUAGGCAUAUGUCUACCUUACCUUUGCUGGCAAGUUUUAGUUCUGGCAACAAAAUUGCCUAUUACUCACUGACACAUAUCCUUAAAGUUAGGACCAUAAUGUCCAGUUCAAUAACAUGAUAAAUUUAAUCCUUAAGUUCUUCAGUUUAUUUUCAUAGAUGUGAGUUUUAACAUAAUCUUAAAGAAAGAAAUCCAGUGGAAUUAUGUGGUAUGUGGUUCUAGCAUGACUGUGCUACUUGCCAUACUGCUUAUGCGACAAUCAUGUGAUUGCGUGAACAAUUUGAGGAUUGACUUAUUACACAAUGUGGUGAUCAGAACUAACCUCCCAGGUUGUGUGACCUAACUCCACUGGAUUUCUUUUUUUGAGGUUACGUUAAAGCUCAUGUCUAUGAAAAUAAACCGCGAACCAUCGAAGAACUUAAGGACGAAAUUCGUCGUUUUAUUGGUGAACUGGACAAAGAUGUGUGUCAGCAAGUGAUAGGAAAUUUUGACGUCACAAUUGAAGCUUGUCAGCUAAAUAGAGGUGGACAUAUGCUAGAUAUUAUAUUCAAUACAUAAAUCGGAGUAUUAUAUAUAUUCCAUACAUGUUCAUAUAAUUUUUUUAUUCUUAAUAUUUUUUUUUAAAUAAAGUAAUAAAAUCAAAUCUAGUAUUCUCAAUGAAACACCCUUUAUAUAUAUGUAUUAUUAGAAUGUUUUAAAUUUAUAAACUAAUCGUACUAGUAAUGAAUACAAUGUUACUAUUAUAUCAUUCAAUGGCCUUAAGGCUUUUAAUUAUCAAAUAAAAUAAAAUUGGAUAAUAAUUUAAAUUGAAGACCUUUUUUAAUUUACUCUUAAGUAUAUUAUAAUUUUUUAAAUUUUAAAUAUUUUAAUAACUAAUAAAUAAGUUGGAUUGGGAAGUUAUAAAAGGUAAAUUUAACAAAAUAGUACAAAAAAACCAAAUAUUUAUCAUUCAAAUCUAUAAAAUAUGCAUAUAACAAUGUAAAAUAUAACAUAAAAAAUAAUCAAGAUUAAAAUUGUAAAAUAUUGUUUAUUGUAGGUAAAAUUUAUAAUAAUUUAUAAGUUUUAUUUAAUUAAUAUAUUUUAUGACAUUUAACAUGAGAAUAACUCUUUAUUAAAUUAGUGCACAAAAUUUUGUAUUUAAAAAUUGCUAAUUUUCUGGCAUUCUAGCUAUGCAUCAUUCAUAAUAUAUUUCACUUUAAUAUCAUUUUCUUCAUUUAUUCUCUUAAUUUUAAUUAAUUAUUCACCAAUAAUAUCUGUUAUUUUUAUUGUAAUAAAUAUUCUAAAAUUGAAUUUAAAUCAUUGCAAAAUAUAAAUUAAAAUUUUUGUGUUUGUGUGUAAAGAACUGAAUCAUUUCUAUCAUUAUUCCUAUAAGCUGUGUACUAUAGAUUAAUUAAAACUAUUUUUAACAGCAUACAUUACAUAAAAUUAAUGGUGUUCAAUCAAAGCGAUUUUUAUUAUGUAAUAUUUUGAGAGGAAUAUAUUGAUUUUACUAUUGUAUGAGCUUUUUAUAUUAUUGCUAUCUGUGAACAUGUUUUCUACCAGAUAACUUGCUUCAAUCCAAAAAUAAAAAGAAGUCUUUUUUGUAGCAAAUAUUAUUGGGAGUGUGAUACUUCUCAAAAUUCAAUUGUUCAAAAUGUUUGGGUGGCCU